AUGACAGUUCGUAAAUUCUCCAAAAAUUCGCCAUCGUCGUUCACGGAGAGCGGUACAGCGUUUCAAAACGUAUCGGCGCAGGAAUGCGAUCAAAUAUCGAAGAAGAAUGUUUUCUGCGAAUACUUCUGCGCUAGCGCUUUUUCAUUGUUCGUUUUCAACUUGUUCGAAACAAAUGCCAAACUGCCACAAAUCCACGCAAUACCCUAUGCGUCAGUGACUGUCUUUCACUAA